AUGCAAAUGUACACUGGCACAUCGAUUCUGAUAAGCAGGAAGGUGUCCGAGACCGAAGAUGCGCCGAAGACGUUGGCUUUUGGGUGGCAGCGGGCCCCGUUACUGGGGGCUUUCUUUAAUGGAGCUCUGCUGUUUGCGCUGGGGAUCAGUGUUCUCCUGCAGUCUGUGGAACGGUUUAUCUGGUUGCACGAGGUUGAGAAUCCGAAGUUGGUGCUUGUUGUGGGAUGUGUUGGGCUGGGGCUUAAUGCUCUCAGUGCAUUGGUCCUCCAUGAGCACCAUGCCCAUCAUCACGAACGAGCGCUAGAGCCUCUUCCGUCGGAGUCGUCCAUGGAGUCUGGAAUCGAAGCAAGGAUAGCCAAGGGGGGCAGUCGUCUGAUAAACAAAGCUCGAAUGAAACUUAGCUGCCAUGAUUUAGAAAUGAUGGGCCCCCUGCUCCAUGUCGUUGGCGAUGCAGCCAACAACCUUGGUGUUAUAGUCGCAGCCUUAGUGAUAUGGCUGACGCAUUAUGAAGGCCGAUACUAUGCUGAUCCCGGAAUCAGCCUUGGGAUCGCUAUCAUGCUAACCCUAUCCUCUCUUCCAUUGUUGCGAAGAUCUGGUUAUAUGCUUCUAGGAAGCGCACCCCCUGGUGUCGAUCCAAACGAUAUCAAGAACGACUUGGAGAAGAUACCUGGCGUAUUAUUCAUUCAGGAACUCUACGUCUGGCAUAUCCACCAGCACAAGUCCUUGGCCUUCGUCAACGCAGCUGUCUCGGAUCAAUCAGCUCCUGAGUUCAUUGAGUUGACGCGUCGAAUCAAUGCAUGCUUCCAGAAGUACGAUAUUCAGUCGGUUGCUCUCCAGCCAGAUAUUGCACCAGCAGGGGUCAUCGUGGUGCCUGAGCGGAUGGGUCCAGAGGACAGUAAAGGGGACGAAUAA